CAGAAACGGUAUUCAAUAAGUUGUUUAUUAUUAUUUGUGCAUAGUCCCUGCUUAAUUGUUAUAUUUCGAUUACUGGAAAGUUGUUUUAUUUGAUUCAAUAAAUUCUUUCUUUGCUCAGUUUGAUUGAAAUAUCGGAGGAAUAUUUUUUUAAAACUAGCUCUUAAGAAACUCAAAAUGAAAACUAUGAAAGAUGCAAGAUAUUUAAUCAACAGAAAGCAACUAAAAAGGCCAACAAACAUGAUAAGAAAGGCACCUCGUGGGGUAAUGGAUGCCCGAAGUAUUCUUAACUCAAAACACAAGUCUAGACCAAUGAAUCGUGCAGGUGUUAAUGUUCAAGGAUCAUUUUCUUCCACAAAAAGAUCAAUUCCUUCAAAUGCUAGUACUUCCCAAGUUGCACCUCCUGAAAAACGUGUGAAAGUGGCAAGAGAUGGAAAUAUUGUGAUCACUGCAAAGUCAAAAGAGGUCUUUCCACACUCUGUUCCUCGGUGGUCCCCUGCUGAUGUUGAAACAACCAAUGUGGAAAAUCUGGGUAUUGAUGAUGUUCUUGACAUGGAUUCUCUACCAUCUACUCUCAUUGGAAUGAAUAAAGCACUUCCAAGUAAUAGAAGUCUUGCAGAAGAGAUUGUUGACAUGCAGGAUACAAUGAUAGCAGAUCAGGUUUCAACUCUGCAACAACAACCUUCUAUGUGUGUCUACGUCUCUAACUUGCAUGCAUCAGUGUCUAAGCAAGACAUUGUGGAGCUGUUUGGUGAUAUUGGAUUAAUCAAGCGUGUUGAAAUGACUCAACCAGGGGUUGCUCUUGUUGAAUUCUUUGAUUCAAAUGAUGCUAUCAAAGCCUGUGAGCUUUAUCAUCAAAGAUUAUUAGAUGGUCAGCCAAUGAUGUGCCAAGUUCAACCAUCCAAGCGAUCAUCACUCAUUUCUCAAAGACUAGGUGAGAGGGUGGAUCCACGUCCUUCACUUGUCAAUUCCAGGUCCAUUCAUAAUCCUCAAAAUGUGCGCUUCACCGUAAAGCUCUCCUGAACUCUCCCAUUUCUAUCAUUUAUCAUUUGCUUGUACAUUAUUUAAUAAUAAAUAGUUCAUAUCAUC